GCGCCUGGGUGACGCCUACGCCCCCUCGCGAGACAGGAAGUUGCGGAGAGCCGCCAUAGACGUGUCCCCCUCCUUAUCUGUCCGGAAUAAGCUUUAGCAGCCAGCAUGGAGGAGCUGCUACUGUUACCGGGAGAAAGUGUCAAAGACAUGGCCAAAGAUGUCACUUACAUUUGCCCUUUUACCGGCGCUAUUCGAGGAAGUUUCACAGUAACAAACUACAGGCUGUAUUUUAAAAGUCUGGAAAGGGACCAUCGCUUAGUUCUAGAUGCCCCUCUUGGAGUCAUCAGCAGAAUAGAAAAAAUAGGGGGAGCCGCAAGCCGUGGGGAAAAUUCCCAUGGCAUAGAAAUUGUGUGUAAGGACAUGCGCAAUAUACGAUUUGCUUACAAACAAGAUGCACGCACUCGUAAAACAGUAUUUGAGAACCUUGUGAAGUAUGCCUUUCCAUUAAAUCACAGCUUGCCUUUGUUUGCUUUUGAAUACAAAGAGGUUUUUCCUGAAGAUGGUUGGAAAGUAUAUGACCCAAUAACGGAAUACAGGCGACAGGGUAUUCCUAAUGAAAGCUGGAGAAUUUCAAAGAUAAAUGAUCGGUAUGAUUUGUGUGAUUCUUAUCCGGCCCUUCUGGCUGUACCAGUAAAUAUCUCCGACGAGGAGCUGAAGAAAGUGGCAGCCUUCAGAGCCCGGGAUCGAGUACCGGUGCUGUCAUGGCUUCACCCCGAAAGCCAAGCUGCUAUAGUCCGCUGCAGCCAGCCAAUGGCUGGAGUGAAUGGAAAGAGGUGUAAAGAGGAUGAGAAGUAUCUGCAGUCCAUUAUGGAUGCCAACGCGCAGUCCCACAAAAUCUUUAUAUUUGAUGCCAGGCCUAGUGUGAAUGCUGUGGCUAAUAAGGCGAAAAGUGGAGGAUUUGAGAGUGAAGAUGCGUAUCAGAACGCAGAGCUGGUGUUCCUGGACAUUCACAACAUUCACGUCAUGAGAGAGUCUCUCAGGAAACUGAAAGAGAUCGCCUACCCGAGCAUUCAAGAGUCAAACUGGCUGUCUAAUUUGGAGUCCACCCACUGGCUGGAACAUAUUAAGCUAAUCCUAGCCGGCGCGUUGAGGAUCGCAGACAAACUGGAGUCGGGAAAAACGUCGGUGGUUGUGCACUGCAGCGAUGGCUGGGACCGCACUGCGCAGCUCACGUCCCUGGCCAUGCUGAUGCUAGACGGCUACUACAGGACCAUCCGGGGGUUUGAGGUCCUGCUGGAGAAGGAAUGGCUCAGCUUCGGACACAGAUUCCGGCUUAGAAUCGGCCACGGUGAUAAAAACCACGCGGAUGCUGAUAAAUCCCCGGUGUUUCCGCAGUUCAUUGACUGCGUCUGGCAAAUGACCCGGCAGUUCCCUAAUGCUUUUGAAUUUAACGAGCAUUUUCUCGUAACCAUUCUGGAUCACCUCUAUAGCUGCCUGUUUGGGACUUUUCUCUGUAACAGCGAACAGGAGAGAAUAAUCGAGGGUGUCCAGCAGGAGACGGCGUCUCUGUGGUCCUUCAUAAACAGCCAGCUUGAAGAUUUCAGCAACCCGUUGUACGUGAGCUACGCCAAUCACGUCUUAUUCCCGGUGGCCAGCAGCAGGCACCUGGAGCUGUGGACCGGCUACUACAUACGGUGGAACCCAAGGACGCAACCGCAGGAGGCCAUCAACCACCGCUGUAAGGAGCUUCUUGCGAAGCGUGCGGAGCUCCAGAGGAAACUGGAAGAACUCCAGAGGGAGGCAAGCAAUCGAUCCACUUCGUCAUCAGACCGAGGCGGCUCUCCGCACUCCAUUACCCCGGUGCAGACGGUGGUGUAGGCACUGGCCGCCUGGGCUGCUGGCACGAUGCGGCGGUGCUUAUCUUUUCAGGGGCCACAUGUGUAGUAGUGUCCCCCCUGGAUAAAGCACUGCUCAGUCAGCCAUGAUUUC